ACCUACCGAGUAAGGAGCAGGCAAAAAAGUCACUUCCGGGAAGCUGAAAACACGCUUUCUGCGCUGCAACAUGGAGGCUACCAGCGGAAUCGAUGAACCGGUUUCCGGGGAGCUGGUGUCCGUGGCACAUGCUCUUUCUCUCCCUGCAGAAUCUUAUGGCAAUGAUCCUGAUAUUGAGAUGGCUUGGGCCAUGAGAGCAAUGCAGCAUGCUGAAGUCUAUUACAAGCUUAUUUCAUCAGUUGAUCCACAGUUCCUGAAACUCACCAAAGUGGAUGACCAAAUAUACUCUGAGUUCCGGGAAAAUUUUGAGAAACUCAGGAUAGACGUGUUGGACCCAGAAGAACUCAAGUCAGAAUCAGCUAAGGAGAAAUGGAGGCCAUUUUGCUUGAAGUUUGAUGGAAUCGUAGAAGACUUCAACUAUGGUACUUUGCUGAGACUGGAUUGUUCUCAGGGCUACACUGAGGAGAACACCAUCUUUGCUCCCAGGAUCCAGUUUUUUGCAAUUGAAAUUGCUCGGAACCGGGAAGGCUAUAACAAAGCUGUUUACAUCAGUGUUCAGGACAAAGAAGGAGAGAAAGAAAUCAAUGGAGAAGAGAAUAAAGAGAAAGGAAUUAACAUUGGAGGAGAAGAGAAAGUCAAGAAAGGAGCUGAGAGUGGAGGAGAAAAAGAGGAAGGAGUCAACAGAGGAGAAAAAGGGAAAACUGACAAAGGAGGAGAAAAAGAGAAAAAAGCUGAAGAAGCUGACAGAGAGAUGAACAAAAGUGGUGAAGCAUCUGUGUAAGGUAGACAGGGAACAGCACUCUAGAGGCUGCCACUCAGCUUAGCCUAUAAGUAUCACAGUGCUACUUGCAUAGACCCCUUUGGUUAAAUGUAUGUUCUUGUGAAAUUGAAGGAUUCUCAGAAGGACAUCUUUCUAGCCCAGUAGUCAAGAGCUACUUUUGUUGUUGCCUUGUAUAAAUUGACUUAAAGACUAUUGGUGAGGUUUUUGUGUAUUGUUGAUAUAUUGUUUCUUGUCUCUCACUCCUGGUCAAGUAAGAAAUUUUGUAAAUAAAUUGCUUUUGGUUUUAA